AUGAAAAACAAAGAAACUGUAUAUUAUAUUUGGCAUGAAGGAAAUGGAGGUUUAGAAAGUGAUGUAUUUGCCACUAAUUUGUCUAAACACCUUAAGCAUGAUAUUGAUAAGUUUAAACCAACUAAAAUCAUACCUUGGAACGAUGGAUGUGGUUAUCAGAACCGGUGCUUGACUUUAGCUAAUGCUUUGCUUAACUUGGCGAUUGAAAAUAAUGUUAUAAUUGAACAAAAAUAUCUGGAAGUAGGCCAGACACCAAUGGAAGUUGAUUCAAUUCAUAGUGUAAUAAAAAAUAAAUUGCGUGGUCGAAAACGUGAUAUUUUUGUUCCUCCUGACUAUGUGAGCAUAAUAUGA